AUGCCCAAUCAACAUCAGCUCAAUUCACCAUUAUUCCAAGAGAUUCCUGAGGAGGAAGCAGAACUCUCGCGAUCGUACGACCGGAGCGAAGAUGCUUUCGCAUCUCGAGUUCCCGACUCAUCAGAUGACACAAUAGAAGCGGAUGAAACGCCUAAUGAACACUCUUCCAUUUUACCAUCUAAGCGUGCUAACGUUCCCGAGAAAGGUAUAUCCGACAAAAAAAAUCCCGUAAAGAGACAAAAAACUGAUAAAAAACGAGAGUCUUCUAUCGUGAAAAAAUUAAUCGAAGAAUUGACAGCAGAAAAGGUUCCGGAUACAAAUAUAACUUCGCCUUCAUCACAAGCUACAUCAUCAGACUCCAUCGACUUUGUCCGUUUAUAUAAUGAAAUUGUUAAUGCCGAAACUCAUAAUGUCAACGCAAGCCAAAAUGUAAUAAGAGCUUACUUCAGUUUCGGUAAAGGUUUGCUGGAUCGUUUAAAUUAUUAUAAAAAAUCCAAUCGAGAACGCGCAUCGCUUAUCCUGGUCAAUAAUGAGGUUAGAGAACAACUCUCUAAAG